AGUAGACAGAAAACGACAGGAUUAGGCUGCAUGGCCCGACUGAGCAAAGAGAUGACCCGGUAGGAGAAGCGGCGACUCCAACCGGAUAUCACGGCGAGACGGGGGUCACAAAUCCUCUCUUACAGCCAUCUUGGAUAUAGCAUCCUGAGUCGCAACCAUGCCUGGUGAAGCCACAGAAACGGUCCCAGUCACCGAGCAGGAGAUGCAGCAGCCUCAAGUAGAAACUGCUGCAACGGUGUUGAGUUCCUCUGCUCAUCCUGAGAUGGCUGUUCCUGUUGGGAACAAGGCAUCCCCACUGGAGAGUCCUAUGCCUCCAGAAAUCUCUGUUGCCUCUAAAGAGGGAGACUCCCAACCACCACCCGUGCAAGCUAAUGCUGAGGCUGCUGGUGAUCAACUAAAUGGUGCAGCUACAACACAGAUCAGCCAGCAAACUGAAGAUACUGGUGUGGAGGAGACACCUGUGUCACUACAAGCAACCCCUGUUGACUCAGCAGUGACUGAAGAAUGUGUGCCCCCGACUGAGGCUCCUGUUCCUGCCACAGAAGAGAAACACACUUGUGAAUGUGAAGCUCUCCCUGAAGGGGUAGUUAAGAAUCAGGAGUCAGUUGCUGCUGCUGAUCAAUCUGCCAGCCAAGUGCCUGACAAGAUUGUGGUUGACGCUUUUGCAAAGUCUGUUGUGGAAGAACCAGGGGUAGCGGCUGCUUCUGAAGAGCUGAGCACAGGCAGUGUAGAUGAGAAGGAAGGUGGUGUGCCAGGGCAUGCAGAAGAAGGCCCGAAGAAUACUUGCCUCGAUGCAGCUCCUAAAAAUGUCGAUAUACUACCUGGAGAUGUGAAUGUUGACGUGGCCACUCAAAAUGAAAAUCUUGAGAAAGAACCUACUAUAUUGCUCUCUAAGGCCAUCCAGUCAAAGGUGACCUCCAAUUGUGCAGGUCCAUCCCUUUCCACCCGGCAUGUGUCAGGAUCUGGCACAGAGUCUGAUAGUGAUGAAUCAGUCCCUGAGCUGGAGGAACAGGACUCUGCACAGACACAGACACAACAGGCUCAGCUCGCAGCUGCUGCUGAAAUAGAUGAGGAACCUGUUAGCAAAGCCAAACAGAGCCGCAGUGAAAAGAAGGCACGAAAGGCAAUGUCAAAGCUUGGUCUCCGGCAGGUAACAGGAGUCACCAGGGUCACCAUUCGCAAAUCCAAGAACAUCCUAUUCGUCAUUACCAAACCAGAUGUCUACAAGAGCCCUGCAUCAGACACCUACAUUGUCUUCGGAGAGGCGAAGAUUGAGGAUCUUUCCCAGCAAGCCCAGCUGGCUGCUGCAGAAAAGUUCAAGGUACAGGGAGAAGCUGUAUCAAACAUCCAAGAAAACACACAGACGCCAACUGUACAAGAGGAGAGCGAAGAGGAAGAGGUUGAUGAGACCGGGGUCGAGGUGAAGGACAUUGAACUCGUGAUGUCACAAGCCAACGUGUCGCGGGCGAAGGCCGUACGCGCCCUGAAAAAUAACAACAAUGACAUUGUCAAUGCUAUUAUGGAGUUGACAAUGUAGUGGGACACCGGCGGCAAAGGGGUCAAGAAAGGUUGCUGAUUUAAUCUACGCUUGUUUAUACAGUUUAUACCCAAGAUGGAAAUAAAGUUGUGGCUUGAUUAAAAUGAAA